AUGGUCUCCGCGGUGCACUCCCACCGCCCCACCAUCAAGGCAAACAACAAGUCCUUCAAAUCGCGCCAUGCCACCAAGUCCUCCAUCCGAGCCAAGAACAAAGGCAAAAUCGAAGACCCCGACCCCUCAGCCCGCAAGUCGCCGCACCAGCAGCUGAUGUCCAAGCUCGACCGGCGCAACAAGGCGCGCCAACUGCAGCAGAACAAGCACAAGGACCUCGUCAAGGAGACGCGCAUCUUCGACGGCCGCAAGGGCGCGCCGCGCAUUGUGGCCGUGGUCCCGCUGUGUGAGGACGGCGAUGCGAGGGCGGCGGUGAGGCAGUUGCUGGGGAGCUUGGAGCUGGAGGGGGAUGUGCCCGAGGUGGGCAGUCUGGUUACGAGCGUCGAGCGCUUCAAGCAGAAGCUGCAAUGGCUCACCCCCGCCCGCGACCUCCUCCCCACCCUCGACGCAUGCAAGCUCGCAGACUUCGUCGUCCUCGUCCUCUCCGCGCAGCAAGAAGUGGACCCCACCGGCGAGCUCCUCAUCCGCAGCAUCGAAGCCCAAGGCAUCUCCAACACCACCGUGAUCGUCCAGCACCUCGAAACAAUCGACCCCCCCAAGCGCCGCCCGGAUGUCAAAAAGUCCCUGCACAGCUACAUCAGCCACUUCUUCCCCACCAUCGCAAAGGUCAACUCCCUCGAAUCCCCGCAGGAGGCGUCAAACGUCAUCCGAACCCUCUGCACCCAGCACCCCAAGGGCGUCCACUGGCGCGACGCCCGCCCCUACAUCCUCGCCGACGAGGUCCGUUGGACUGAGUCCGACGGCCUCGCUGUUGCCGGUGUCGUCCGCGGGAAGGGUCUCAAUGCGGACCGCCUAGUCCACAUCCAGGGCUACGGCGACUUCCAGAUCGAGCGCAUCUGCGAGUACCCCACCGCCCCCGCCGCCGCCGACUCCACCGACUCCAUGGCGCUCGACAACACCGAGUCCGCCUCCGGCGGCGCCGUGCUGGCGACCCCCACCCCCGCCCAGGACACACUCGAGGACCUGGCCCCCGAGGCAGAGAUGCAAGACAUCUCUGACGCCGUCUCAGAGGCGCCCACAAACAUGACGGACCGCCGCGGCGUCCUCCUCGACGACCACCACUACUUCGACGACGACAUCGACGCCAUCAACGUUCCCUACGAGGCGCCCCGGCGCCUCCCCAAGGGCACCUCCUCCUACCAAGCCGCCUGGAUCCUCGACGAGGACAGCGACGCCUCGGACCUCGAAGACGAGGAGGAUGUCGCCAUGGUCGACGACGCCGUCGACCCCGCUGCCCCACGCCCCGAGGACGGCGUCGAGGGCCUCGCUGGGCCCGCGAUGACGGAGGCUAUGACCGAGUACGGCGACGACAAGAGCGAGAUGUUCGUCGACCGCGGGCCCGAGCAGGAACUGGCCGAGAUCGAGGCCUUCCGCCGUAACCGCGGCAACGCACUCGACGAGGACCGCGAGUUCCCCGACGAGAUCGAGCUGCACCCUAACGUGGCUGCGCGGGAGCGCCUUGCGCGGUAUAGAGGGCUCAAGUCGCUGCGCUCCAGCAAGUGGGAGACGGAGGAGGACAAGCCGUUCCAGCCGGAGAACUGGGAGCGGCUGGCGCGGAUCGGGAAUUAUCGCGCCGUCAAGAACAAGGUUGUCAGCGAGGCGCUGGUGGGCGGCGUGGCGCCGGGGACGAGGGUGUGCGUGUACUUAAGGAACGCCCCGGCGGACGUGGAGAGGGAGUGGAGGAGGGGCGGUGUGUGCGCGCUGUAUGGGCUGCUGAGGCACGAGCAUAAGCAGGCGGUUGUCAACCUCUCGCUCACGCCGAGCGGCGAGUAUGCGGACGCCGUGAACGACGGGCAGACACCCAUUAAGGCGAAGGACGAGCUGAUCGUGCAGGUGGGCCCGCGGCGGCUGGUCAUCAAGCCGCUGUUCUCGCAGGCCGGCGGCACGGGGAAGAACGGCGUCGCCAAGUUUGAGCGCUACCUUAUGCCGGGCCGUACGACCAUUGUGACGGUCGUGGCGCCGGUGUGCUGGGGCGGGGUGCCGGCUGUGUUUUGGCGGCGACAGGAGGGGGGUGGGAUGGAGCUGGUGGGGCAUGGGAGCUUCGUUAAUGUGGAUCAGCAGAGGGUGGUCGCGAAGAGGGUGGUGCUGACGGGGCAUCCGUUUAAGAUACAUAGGAAGCUCGUGACGGUGCGGUAUAUGUUCUUUAACGCGGAGGAUGUGGCGUGGUUUAAGGCGAUACCGCUGUUUACGAAGAGGGGGAGAAGUGGUUUCAUUAAGGAGUCUUUGGGUACGCAUGGGUACUUCAAGGCUACGUUCGAUGGGAAGAUUAAUCCCCAGGACGCAGUCGCUAUCAGUUUGUACAAGCGUGUGUUCCCCCGCGGUUCAGAGGAGUUCCGUGGGUAG